AUGCCGACUCAAAUGUUCAUCCCCGACACUGCUCCCAUAUACGCCUACUCUCCUUCUUCAUCUUCAUCUUCCUCUUCUUCGGUGUCUUCCAAUUCGUCAGCCAGCUGGGUGGCGGCGUACAGCCCGAGAGGGGAUGGGUAUGAUCAGACUUUCCAUUUGGCUUCCGGCGAUGCUAGUGUGGGGAUCAACAUCACUGCCUCAGCACUCUCAUUCUCCCUCUCGUCUUCCAACAAAUCCUCCACCGCCUGUCCUGCAGAGUACAGAAUAAACGCAUCAUCCUGGUCCUCCGCCUGCCCUUCCCCCAACCAAGACUUUGUCGCGAACGACCUUGCUGCGGGUCUGCAUCAAGUUGAGCUGCGGGCUGUAGAAGGCGAGGGGCAGUUGGAGUUUAUGGGUCUUGGGGGGGAGCUUGAUUUGGCUGAUGGCUUGGGAAAUUUGACUAUUGAUGAUACUUCGCCGUCUUUUGUUUACUCGCCUUCUUCAUCUUGGACUUUUUCAUCUUCUUCUUCUUCGACGACGAGUACAUCGAAUGCGACAUUGUCGGCCGACGAUCUCCAAAACAGCUUCAACUCCACCGCGCAUUCGACCCUUUCCAUAGGGGCAAAGGUGGAGCUGAGUUUCCAAGGGGAGACGUUGUAUGUCUAUGGGAUGGGGUUGGAAGAUGGGGGACGGGGGGAGGUGAGGGUGGAUGGGGUGUUGCAGGGGGUUAUCGAUACUAGCGGCGUUCGGAAGACGUAUUCUUCUUUACUCUACAUGGGGAGUGGCUUUUCAGCCGGCGCUCACACACUGUCAAUCACAUCCACUUCUUCCAAUGCGUUGAUUAUCGACUAUGCCCUCCUCACCACUCAAAGCUCGUCAUCGUCAUCUUCGACCAACAUCGGUCUUAUCGUCGGUGUCAUCAUCGGCGUUUCGGCAUUCUUGAUCAUCCUCGGAGCUUCCGCAUAUGUCUGGAUGGUGCAAAGACAGUCGAGUAAGAAGGGUGGGGCGAGGUACCCUUUUGCGGGGUAUGGCAAGCAUGCCGCUGCGACGUAUUCCAACUUUGGUUCCCUCGCUUCCAAAGAUUCUGACUGGGAUCGUCCCGACAAGCAUCCUCUUCAAAGAAGCCAGAGUACGCUGGCUUUGGGUACGUCAGGAGUGAGGUUGGGCACGACGUCGGUUUAUUCGGAUUAUCUGCCUUAUCGAGGACCCAUUGAACCCCCGCCUUCCCACCUCCCCGAAGGACACCACAUCGUCCAAACCGGCUCAAGGGAAGAACUCCUAGCCUAUGGGGGUAUGAAAUCAUCCCACGGCAGUGCGAGCUCCAGCGGCAUGAGCACACCCCCGCUCAUAUCCGGCGCCAACCCCAGCGCCAUCGGCUGGCUCCGAGGCGCAAGAGAAUGGGUCGAUUCGCCCACUUCGAGCACGAGUUUUGGCUCGGCGUCGUUCUCCGCUGGGACGGGGUAUGCGGGUUCGAGGAGCGGGUCGCAGAGGUCUGCCGGGUCGGGUGUUGGGGGGAGGAGGAGCCCGCUUGAUAGGAUUACGCCGGGUUCGAGGGAGCAGAUACCGCUGGAACGCUAUCAGCCGGCGCUUUCGCCGCCGCCGUUUUCGUCUAUCCCUUCGUCACGAUCAUCGCCUCCACGCACGGCGUCGACCCCCUUGUCGCCUUCGUCUUCGCUCUCGACUCCGUCUACUUUGGGUCUGGGGAUGGGAGAGCAGGUGCAGCAGGCUGUGAGGAUGCCAGCGCCUGCUAGGAGUGUAGCGAGAUUGUGGCCUACAAGGGACGCUGUACCCAGCUCGUACAGGACGGAAAGCGUCAUGCAAGGCGCGGGUGUCGGCAUCGACCACCGUCGGGCAGGAUACUCCAGUUCAUCUCUUGCCCUCAACGCUUCCACAUCCGUCGACGCCCUCCAAUCCCAAAUCCCCGCUGCUCCUACCGAAAACUCCGCGACGUCGCUGAGAAGGGGCGUGAGUAUCAAAAGUAUCAAGACUAUGCGGUCGUUCUUUUCGGGCAUGAUCUUUGUCCCGCCGACUGCUGCUUCUUUACCGCACCUUACUCGUAGUGGAGGGGAACGGGAAGGGGAACCGCAGACGCCUGCUGUACCGUGGACGGCGGCGAGGCCGGAUAGUGGGAUCUUUCCUGGGCUGGAAAGGGGGUUGUCUCAAAGGUUUGGGAGUUGGAGAGGAAGGGAGAGGGAGAAGGAGAAGGAGAAGGUGGUAGCGUCGGUGCCUGCGAAAUCGGGGAUGGUCACUCGGUCACCCCUCUCCCUCGCUCGGGAUCUUCCCUCGCAUUCCCGCAGCCCAAGCGCGGACCAGAUGGGAGAUGUCGAAGAAGGGAUCUUGGUACCAAACCGCUCUGCAAGUCACGUCGCGCGAGAUGCACGGGGGCGAGAAGAGGAGGAGGAGGAGGAGGAAGGGGCAUCGCCAAACUUUUUCAUCGAGCUGGAUCCGAGUAGCCCGAUAGAGAGCAGCAGGCCGGCUAGUCAGUGGACGAGGUAUACGAGGGGGAGUGAGGGGACGCAUGGGAGGUGGGAAGUGUGA